CCGCCCUCCCCGGCACCGCCGCCUCCCCCCUCCGCCGCACGGAGCAGGUCCCGGGUGCUGGGGGAGACCCGGGGGCAGAUUAAUCAGCCACUCGAUGGGGAUUAACAGUGGAGCACCUCUUUGUGUCGCCUUUCCACCUCUGUGUAGCACGAAUAACAACUUCAGCACUUCUUCAAUAAUAAUUAUGAAACUGGUAUUAACUGAAUGGCAAUUAUGGAUUUUUAACUCUAACUCACAGUAAACCAGCAAGCCAUAUGUUGAAAUUCCUACCAAAUAGCUUUUCAUUCUUAAUGUCUCGUAUCUAUACAAGAAGUUGCAAGACACCUGUUUGUAUAAGAGGAAUAUGAGCAUUACUUGCCUGAGGAACAGAAGCUGAAAGAGAAGACACCCUAACUUGUUUGUGGAGUUAUGGUAGUAUUAUUUAUAGAGAUAUAACAAAUAUAUAUAUUUUUUAUGGUAAUGAAAAUGGCUCCUCAGAAUGCUGACUCGGAAUCUAUGCAAGUUCAAGAUCUGCCUGUGGCACAGCUUCAGAAACCAGAAAACAAGGAGAGUGAAAGCAGGGAGGAGACCAUCAGUGAAGGAUCCAUAGACCGGAUACCGAUACGCCUGUGGGUGAUGCAUGGUGCAGUAAUGUUUGGCAGGGAAUUUUGUUAUGCCAUGGAGACAGCUUUGGUAACACCUGUAUUGUUACAAAUUGGUCUUCCUGAACAAUACUACAGCCUCACUUGGUUCCUCAGCCCUAUCCUGGGCUUGAUCUUCACUCCGCUCAUAGGUUCGGCCAGUGACCGCUGCACGCUGAGCUGGGGCCGCCGGCGGCCUUUUAUCCUUGCUCUCUGCAUUGGUGUCCUCUUUGGAGUUGCACUUUUCCUUAAUGGCUCUGUGAUAGGUCUGGCUAUUGGUGAUGUCCCGGACAAGCAGCCCAUUGGAAUAGUUCUCACAGUGCUUGGGGUUGUGGUGUUGGACUUCUGCGCCGAUGCAACCGAAGGGCCAAUUCGGGCCUACUUGUUGGAUGUGGUGGACAGUGAAGAACAAGACAUGGCCCUGAACAUCCAUGCAUUUUCAGCUGGUCUUGGAGGAGCAAUUGGUUAUAUGUUAGGAGGGCUGGACUGGACACAGACCUUCUUGGGUAGCAUUUUUAAAUCUCAAGAGCAAGUCCUUUUUUUCUUUGCAGCCAUUAUUUUCUCUGUCUCCGUUGCUCUCCACCUUUUUAGCAUUGAAGAAGAGCAAUAUAACCCUCAGCAGGACAGGAUAGAUGACGAAGGAGACACACUUUCCAGUGCCAAAUUCAGUGGCAGUCUCCCUCCUUUGAAUCGGCUGAAUGUAAUUAGUGAGGAAGAGCCGUAUGGAGCUUCCAUGUUCCACGAUGAGGUUCAGUCAGAGCAUGAUCUCAAUAUGGAGUUCCUUGAGGUGAACAUUGUGAGAAGCAAGAGUGACUCAGUUCUGCACAUGCCCGAUGCCACGCUGGAAAUUGAAUCGGAGCUGCUUUUCCUGCAUGACAUCGAACCCUCCAUUUUUCAGGAUGCUUCAUAUCCAAACACUCCCCACAACACGAGCCAGGAGAUCAUGAAGUCCAAACUCAACCACCUGUCUGCUUUCCUCAGGGAGAACGAGAAGGAGGAGGACAUGUUGCUUGAUAAUCGUUUAAAUGAAGAUAAAGUCCCAAACAUCAACGGCUCCCUACCAAAAGAGUUCCUCAACGGGCACGCCAGGAUAGGCAUGAAGCAAUCCAGCACUUCCAACUCCAUGCGGCGCCGGAGGCACAUGUUCUACCGGCAGCCGUCCUACACCUUCUCGUACUACGGCAAGAUCGGCUCGCACCGGUACCGCUUCCGCCGCGCCAACGCCAUCGUCCUCAUCAAGUCCUCGCGCAGCAUGAACGACAUCUACGACAUGCAGAAACGGCAGCGGCAGCGCUGCCGGCACCGCAACCAGAGCGGCACCACCAACUCCAGCGGGGACACGGAGAGCGAGGAGGGCGAGACCGAAACCACCGUCAGACUCUUGUGGCUGUCCAUGCUGAAGAUGCCCAAGGAGCUGCUGAGGCUGUGCGUCUGCCACCUCCUCACUUGGUUUUCCAUCAUUGCCGAGGCUGUGUUCUAUACGGAUUUCAUGGGACAGGUCAUCUUCCAGGGAGAUCCAAAGGCCCCUUCGAACUCAACUGAGCUGCACGCCUACAAUGCUGGAGUUCAGAUGGGAUGCUGGGGGCUGGUGAUUUAUGCUGCUACUGCUGCUGUUUGUUCAGCCUUGUUGCAGAAAUACUUGGACAACUACGACCUUAGCAUAAAAGUGAUCUACAUUCUGGGCACGCUGGGUUUUUCCCUGGGCACUGCAGUGAUGGCCAUGUUCCCUAACGUGUACGUCACCAUGAUAAUGAUCAGCACGAUGGGAAUAGUCUCCAUGAGCAUCUCCUACUGCCCCUACGCGCUUUUGGGACAAUACCAUGAGAUAAAACAGUACAUUCACCACAGCCCCGGGAACUCGAAGCGAGGGUUCGGCAUCGACUGCGCCAUCCUGUCGUGCCAGGUUUACAUCUCCCAGAUCCUGGUGGCCUCCGCGCUCGGCGGCGUGGUCGACAUGGUGGGCACGGUCAGAGUCAUCCCCAUGGUGGCUUCGGUGGGCUCCUUCCUGGGUUUUCUGACAGCGACUUUCUUGGUGAUUUACCCCGAAGUCAACGAAGAGCCCAAGGAAGAGCAGAAGGGGCUGGGUCCUCCAGAGACGGCCGCGGGCAGCGGCGCCGGCACGGAGAAGCCGACGGUGCUGAAGCUGACGCGCAAAGGAGCCGCCGCGGAGCCGGAGGGCGAGUCGGCCGUGUGAGGCUGCCAGCGCUUGUUCACCCACAUUCCAAGGAGUGCAGGUGCAGGAUCAAGAACUUUUGUUGUGGUUUGGUUUCGUUUUUUUUCAAGAAAGCAAAUUAGGACCUUCACUACUUGUAGCUAUAAUUUGCAGAAGAAAAGGCAGUUUCAUGCAAAAAUGUAAAUUAAAUUCUGUAGUCCUUUGUCUAGGUUUGAGCAGGUCGCUCUGAUGCUAAUUGCUUUCUCUACAACUUAGAAACGUCAUUUCUGAACACUUUUUUAUUAAGAAUACAUUUAGAUUUCAAAUAAGUUUUAUUAAUCUGCAUGAGACUCACAGUGUAUACAAUUAGCAGUUAGGAAAAUUAAGUUUUCAGCUGUUUUUAAACUAACAGAAAAUGGAAGCUAUCUCGACCUAUAGUCUCUUGCCAUUUUUUGUCUGAACAUUUCAGAUUUCACUAGCAUAAUAACUGAAUCAAAUGCUUAGACAUCAAUUGAUUUUUUUUCACAAGCAUGAUAUUACUGGUCUGACAGCUACAUUAAUUUUAGACUUCAUGUUUUUGUUAGUGCAAUUACUGCAGAAUCCUUUUAUUUGCAAUUACUUUCAAGGAAAAAAAAGCAAUUACUGCGGUUUCUAAGAAACUGCCGUGAAUUCUUUUAGUCAUAUUAUUCACAACCACUCCCAAAUCUGCUGCUUGUCAGGAGAGGGUGACACUGGGUGCUGGAUAUCAGCUGUAGAUGGAAGGAGCAGCAGCUGGGAGAGGUGACCAGCACUCACAGGUUUCUUUAUCACAAGUGCUGCAUUUUAUGAAUGUCGUUGGAAUACGCUGUGACAAUUUUUAGCUGAGAGUUUCACAUGCUGGUGAACUCGGGGGUUUUCUCAGCAUUUAACCUGAUCAUCUCUGGAUGAAGCUGCCACAGAGAAAGGGCAUCUCUGGGGUGAGCUUCGUGGGAGGGGGCGUGCGGAUUCUCUUCCGUAGGGAAAGGAAGUCUUUGAUUAAUUGCACUUUUUACAAUCCUUUAACCUCCUGGCUGGGAAUGCCACAGCCGAGGUAAAGGCACGGGGUCAGUACAACAAGGAGAACCCAAGGCCUACCUCCGUCACUUUAUAGUCCUGGGUGUAUAAAAAUCUGUGUCAGAACAGUUUUUAGGCCUUAAAAUUCAAAUGUUGCUGUUCCAGUCCCUGUGUUGGAGGAAUUGUAGGCCAGAGCUCUUCUGAGCUGCCGUACCAAUGUUGUCAGCACAUCCUCCAUGUCCCCUUCCGUGAUUCAGGACACAGCUGCAGUGCAAAGAUACUUUUCUGGAAAGAGGUUGAAAGAGUUGUGCUAACUUGAUUUAAAAUAGGUUUGGAUCAUUAUCCAGCAGCCAUUUAAAGCAACUUUCAAAACUUGUGUUUCACAAAGUUAGAAUUGUCAUUGUAAGACACGUUUGUGAUGCUGUUGACUCAUUUUGGCUUGGGCCCCUCAGGCUGCCAUCAAUCCAUGUGCUGGACAGGCAAACAUAGCACGGUGUGAGAUUCCUGCUGCCUCAAACUCCUCCUCCUCCAAGACUUGCAAAUGCCUGUGUCAAUCCAUGCUGCAAUUCAGACAAAGAAGCUAUAUUUCAAUAUGAAAAGCAAGUUUUUAUUGAAUUACUUGAAUUGUCAAUGUAUUUGAGAAAUGGAUGUUUGGGUGUGUUUGAAGGUGACAUCCGUGGGUUUCUCUGAAGGCUUCCAGUCAGUGCUAUCAAGGGUGACUGUUUUUAGGCUGGUGACAUCACAGGGCACUGAAGUACAUGUAAUCACACAGGACUUAGGGGUUGUAUUUGUUUUUCCAAGUGUCUUGAGGAAGUAUUCUUUUUUUCUAUGGUGAAUAUUUUUUUGUAGAACAUGUACUGUGAACUGUGUUCAGCCAGGGGAGCGAUACUACUGAAGAGUGUGAGACUUUACUGAAGAAAGCAGUUGUGAGAAAUUCUGCCAUGAAUUUUAUCAUCUCAGUUACACUUAAUAUAUUCUGGUGAUGUUCAUGUGUGAGAGACAAGUGUUGUGUUUCACCCUAGAACUGGCAUUCGUGUAAGUUACAUGCUGAGUUACACAUUUUAAAGUGGCUUUAAUAUUUUAGUUUUGAAGCGCCUUUUGAAGAUUCUGCUUUUGGUUAAAUAGCCACUGUCAAGUACUCCUUAUUUUAAUCUCUACUGCUGGAAAGGUUCUUCAACAGUUUAAAAACCUGAAUCUUCUGACUGGUGCCAGCCUUACCCUUUUCCCCAGGGUUCCAUGGACCAGCAUGGAUCAAAUCUCCAUUACUCCACACUGCACUUUCAAAGCCAAGAUCUUUCACUGCACCAUCACACUGACCAAGCAGCUGCAGAGAGGGAGGAGAGGCUGAAGCUCCCUCUGACCUCACAUCCCAUAGAGGGAACAGGAAACUAUUUGGGGAGUGAGCUCACCCGUGUUUAUGGAGCUUUCUCAGCCAGGGAAGGGCAAGGAGGGAGGAAGGACCUCUCAUUUCAAACCCAGAGGCUUCAAGCAAAGGCAGGGCAGGACCAAUUUUGUCACAGACAGCAUUUGGCAUGGCUUCAUUUCUAAGAACUGGAUGUUAAAAUCCGUGUUUGGAGUUGUUUAUGGGGCUCAUAACACAGGAGUACAAGUGCUGCCAUGGCAGGAAGCUGAUUUCACUCCCUGGUAAAGGCAAAGGAAAUAAUUAUUCAUUGUAAAUGCGCUGAAGUUUUUGUAGUGUUGCCAGAAGAAUUAACUUGGGGAGUCCCAGCCAAAGCAUCUCCUCCUGUCCUUGGGCCAGCCUGGGAAAUCCCCACACUGGCUUUACCUGCUGAGGUCUCCCAAGGGCUUUUCCUUGGAUGUGAAAGUUUUCUUUCUAGCCCCAGCACUUCUCAGGGUAGAGUGGGCAAUGAUUUAUUUUUUCAUCUGUCCUUUACCUUAUUUUUUGAUGCAGAAAUGAUUUUUUUUUUUGGUCACAAAGUAGUACAGUUUUAUGUGUUUGUUGCAGAGCUUGUGGAAAGAGAAGUUUGAAGUGUUUUUUUUUGUUAUUCCUGGUGACAACAAACAUCUUUUUGUUUGUAUUUCUAUCUAGUUGAAAUCUUGGACCUUCAGUGUAGUAGGACUAAGGUUUAGUGGUUCCAUUCUCUGUUGUUCAGUAGUAUAAACAAUUUUAACACGUUCUGCUGUAGUGAUGUGUGACACAAGGCACUGCUGGUGCUCAGACCCUCAAUCAGCUGCACAUCUCGAGACGUUUCAUGUGAGAGCAGAGAAGCUUUAACUUUCAGCCCUCAGAAAGGCAUAGUGUGGGUUUGGACCUGUUUGGUUAUUCCAAGUGUCCAGUGAGAUCUGUGCUGUUUAUGGAUAGCAGUUUCAGACUACAGAAGCAAUAAUUUCUUAGGAAUGUUUCUCUUCCUGCUGGUUUGAUGACUUUCACAGAGAUUUAUUGCCUAAAUAGCCUUUUAAUAACACAAAUCUGGUGGUUUGCUGGCGCUGGCUCUGAGCAGUUGUGGAAAGAUAGGGGUUGUCCAUCAUCAGGAGGGAGGAGACCAGUAAAUCCAACAGAGCUCUGUGCUCUUGAAACACACAAUGUCCUUUCCCCUUUCAUUUGGAGCCCUUUUGUAGGCUCUGAAAUAUUCCCAGCACAUCAGUCUGAAAAGGGGGUGGCUGCAAAUUUACCCUCCAGGUUUUCUUGGUGAUGCCAAUGCUGGCACUCAGACCCCAGGAUGGAACAGAGUGCAUGAGGUUCUCCUCCUAGGCAAGGACUGAGUCUCUCUUAUCCCUCUCCCACCACAUCUGAACCCCCCUCCCAGCACCUGGAAUGACAGCAGCAGCCACGGUGCUUUUUGCCAGGUACCUCAUUAAACCCUGGUUCCAUCAUUAAGAACAUGUCCCCUUGCUCUGGGGUGAGCUUGGUUUCCACCAUGAGAAGCAGGAUUUUCCUGGCUGCCAGGUGUCACAGCCAUGCAGGCUGAGGUCACA